UCUGCGAAGCUUCAGGUGGUACAACACCGGCUCUGAGUUUUGCUCGGUCGGGACUGUCUCUCUGCUCACUCAGGCGCUUGAGUUGACUUGUGGAGUUGCUGUUAACUACGAAAUUUGCUGGCGAGGUCCGGGAACAAAGGGGGGAGCUGAUACUGGACAGGAGAUAAGGAGGGAGUCAACUGGUGCCUAAAAGUCCUGAUUACCUGAGUCAAUAAAACCUGGUGUGUGACUUCACUACCACAUCCUGCCUGAAACCUGGACCAACAAUCUGUCCUCACCAACAACUGGUUUUGCCUUUUUUCAACUCUGCAGAUCAUACAAAGUUCACAGCCAGCCUCUUCCCCCACCACACCUCAUCACGAUGCCUCAUCGCCUCUGCUCUGUUGAGAUUAAAAACAACUCUGGCUGCUACACUCUCGCCAACCCAAGGGUGUUCACUGAGAGCGGCAACUGUGAGGUCCCUCUGCCACCGAUGGUGGGUCCCUACUCCCCUGCCAGCGCAUUGUUCAAUAAGCACAUGGGCAGUGCUACCGGGGCUGUCGGCGUUUUCACCUAUGACCUUUUCAACCCCAACCUCAACGACUACAGCCACGUCGUUGCCGUCAUGUUCUCCGUGCCCUACGACCGAAACCUCUACUCCAACUGGUUUGCUGUGGGGAUCCUUGACAGAGGAAACAACUGUGACUACAAUCUUUAUGAUAUGAUGUAUAAUGGAAAUGAAAAUAAUUUUGUAAGAGGAAAGGCUGAUGGCUCCUGCAUUUCUUAUCAGGGUGAUUAUGCUAUUGUCAGUGCUUCCAUGUCAGACUCAGGUGAAGCAGUCCUGAGGGUGGAUAUCAAUGACGUUGGCAUGUAUUAAGUCAGAAGGAGGAAGAUCCUACUCUUGUUAUGCAAGUCAUAUGAGAUGAUCAGUCAUUUUAAUAAAAUAUUUCAGUAUGUGUGAAGCUCAAUCAACUGACAUAGUUCGUCACUAGCUGAAGUGGUGUUCAUAAAUGUACCUAAAAUAGGAGUAC